AUAGCAGGUCAUUUCUGUGGCAUACGUUUUUUUUCCAGUUACAUGUUGUAAGAAACACAGCCAUGAAACAGACUGUCAACGUAUUCUUACCCAAGGGAAAGAAGUGUCCUUUCUUCCUGCUUUUAUACAAUUCUUUGCAACACAAAUUCCAGUCCCAUCUGACCUGACUUUCAGAGAUGCUCUGGCCAUCUUUCCACUACAGAGUUUAGCUUUUCCUUGCCAUAGUGUGCGUAAGAAAUUCACUGUUCGUGGGCCAGCCGGCUCUGCCGGGCACCGCUCCUGGCCUACACACACCUCACUUUCUCUGCGAGCAGCCGUUGCACAGCCUGUCGGCAAUACCAGCCGCACGUGACGCGCAGGAAGGCAUCUUUCACCUCCAUCACACGAAACUUACAAUUUGGCAACCAGGCUGGAGCAGUAAGCGCUCAUGGAAAGGAAAAUCUGAUUUGCAUUUGGGGCCCGGGCCUGACGUCAGCCGGAGCAGGAAGCAGUGGAAUGUGGUCUGACCCUGCCCAGAAACGAUUGCCUGUGUCACUCGGCUCUUCCCCCAGCAAAAAGCAAGUCGGGCCGGGGUGGGGACAGCCUGUCAAGGCCAGCCCCUUUGAGAAGAGGAAGUUUUUCGAGCAAUUCAACCCUCCACAGCACACAGACUGGUGAGCGUCACUGCCUGUAGCUGUAGUCCCUGCCCUAGGCGUGCACCAUGCGCAGCCGCUGCUGAUGGCCACCGUGGGGACAAAGGACUCUCUGGAGAGGGACUGCGAAGCAAUGACCCUGCAGCAGCCGCCCCUGGCCCUGAAAGGGGGCUCCCCCCCGGCUCUGUACGUUCACAGCAUGCCUGCCUGGGUGCUGGAGGAUUUCUGCCAGAAGAUGGACUGCCUGAGCGACUACGACUGGAUGCGAUUCGCCUCGUACGUGAUAACUGAUCAAACAGAGCUACGGAAAAUCAAGUGCAUGGAGAAGACGGGGAUCAGCAUAACAAGAGAGCUCAUGUGGUGGUGGGGAGUGAGGCUGGCGACGGUGCAGCAGCUCCUGGAGCUCCUGCAAGGACUGCAGCUCUACCGAGCGGCUCAAGUCAUUCUGGACUGGACAUCAGCCUCUAAUAUUACCAACUCUGAAAAAGAAGAGCUCGUAGAGCCGCCUAAACAGGCGAACAUAUCUUUAUCUCCUACAGAAAACAAAAAGAGAGAGAGAGGAAAUGAGAUAAGUCUGUUGCCAUCACCAGACUCUUCACAUCUGGGAGUAUCACUAGCAGGUGCUGUUUCUGAAGGAGCCUUGUAUUCACUCCCUGCUCCACCACCUCCCCCAAGAGACCUUUUGAAAUCCUUACAGUCAAAUCCCUCUGUCUCAUCCAGCGUGAAGCCUUGCAGCUCUUCUACUCCUCAGCAGGAGACAAUGACUGAUCUCCCCAGUGGGAGCCUUUUGUGGACCCAGAGGGAAGUUACCAAUGCCACAAAUGGUUUCAGUGACAAAAGCAGAAUUUGUGAAGGUACUUUUGCAGAUGUCUACAAAGGUCAGAGGAACAACAUAGCGUAUGUCAUCAAAAGACUGAAAGAGAUGGAAUGCACAAGCCCAAAUUCCACCCAAAGAUUCUUUCAUACGGAAGUACAGAUUUGCUUCCGGUGUUGUCAUGUCAACAUUUUGCAGCUGCUGGGUUUCUCAAUAGAAGCUGGAUUGCACUGUCUGAUAUAUCCAUACCUGCCUAAUGGAUCCCUACAAAACAAACUUCAGUAUCAAGAUGAUUCUGCUCCACUGACCUGGGAGAUGCGAGCCAGCAUUGCUGUAGGACUCAUCCGAGCUGUGGAGUAUUUACAUAAUUUUAGAAUUCUUCAUGGGAAUAUCAAAAGCUCAAAUGUCUUGUUGGACGAAAACUUUACACCAAAGCUUGGACAUUCAGGUCUGCGAUUGUAUUCUGUUGAUAAAAAAUCAGAAUAUGCUGUGAUGAAAACCAAAGUCCUACAAGCUUCUCUUACUUAUCUGCCAGAAGAUUUUAUCAGACACGGGCAGUUAACAGAAAAAGUUGAUGUAUUUAGCUGUGGUGUGGUCUUAGCAGAGAUACUGACAGGGAUUAAGGCACUGGAUGAAGGAAGACACCCUGUUUACCUGAAAGAUAUGAUUGCUGAUGAAAUUCAAAUAGCGAAAGAAAGCUCAUACUCCAAAGCAAAAAAUUUUGAAAAGCUAGCUGCCAAGGAAAUAUGCUGCAAAUACCUAGACAGGAAAGCAGGACACUUGCUGGAAGAGGUUGCUAUCAAUUUUGCCUCAGCCAUCUGCCUUUGCCUGAGAAAGAAGAAUUCUAACAUAGCAGAGGUGCUUGGAAUUAUGGAAGCAGCUGAAAAUAAAUUAAGAGAGCAUUACAUCUGUGGAGGCAGCAUUUCUGGAUUCUCCAUGAACACUCCAGAAGAAACUGAUGAUGAGACAACCAGUCUCAGCGUGGAUAUGCCUUCUGCGGGAGAGAAUAAAGACGACAGCACACAGCCAGCGAUCCUGACAAGUGCCAAUCCAUGCACACCUUUAAUAGGAGUUGUGUCACCUGACAUUUACUGCGGACAAAUGUCAAGGGUCCCUUGUGAAUCAGACGAAUCAAGUAGUUUUAUAUGGAAUCCUUCAGAAAGAUCUACAGAUGAGCUAUCUAGCAAUGGCUGUAACAAUUCUGAAAAUAUGGCAGCCUCUGAUUACAGGAUCAAGCUGGAAAAACCUGCAAAUGGACUCCAGGAAAGAAACGCGGCAUGCAUCAAAAGUGACGUCUUGGAAACAGCGUCGACUGCACAGAGCACCUUUCAACAAAAAAACAGAGACCUUGAUGCUUCAUGUUCUUCACAAGCAUUAGCCAGAGAGACAUCAUGGAAAAUACAGAUAAACGAUCAAAAAAAGAAGCUAAUGGAAAAUAUUUUACUGUAUGAAGAAGACAAAUUAAACAGUUCUGAACUUUUUGAAUCAUAAAUUGGAUGGAUUUAUUAGCAGUGGCCAACUCAGGAGAAGAAAUAAGGACUGUCUCUUCAUUAGAAAGAUGAUAAAAGUGUACCUUUCAUGUAAGUUUAAGUAGCAGAUUUGGAUCAGAAACAUUAGCCCUGACUGAAGAAAACAAAAGUGAUCACACUGAGAAGAAACAGAAAGUGUCUGUUCUAAAGCAGAUUAAAGCACAGUGCCAUUCUCUAAACAGAAAUGCCUUCUUCCUUUUCAUCUGCAAUGUAAAAAAGACAUGGCAAACACAAACAAUUGCCAAAAUAAUUUACGAUCCUUUUGCAGGGUAUUUCAGAAAGUGCCUACAUAUAAUGUAUGUCUUAUUAAAACACAGCCCUAGAAGUUAUAGGGCAAGCACUGAUCAGCAACCAGGUAGCGAUAACCUUUAUCGUUAUCCCCCUCUGUGCGAGCAGACAGAAGUCUUCAGAGAGAUUGGAGUAGGUUUCAGCUUUAAAAUGAAUCUAUCCUAUUCUAUAUCAUCUUAGUCCACAUACUCAAAAACACUGCAUUACAAGAAAGGGGAAUUUUUAUGCAAGUUCUCAGAUGCGUUCUACAUAGCUCAGUCUCAAUUUGAAUUGCACUGAACAUAUUUGUAAGUAAAUAAUUUAAGCUAUGUUAGUCUACUUUAUGAGCUGCUCUCCUACACAAGCAUGUAUAACACCAUUUGAAGUCUAACCUUUAAGUUUCACUGUCAGGAGCUCUAAGACAGUAUUUAAUACUUCAUAAGAGUAUUUUUGGAAGUUAUUUUUUUCUAAGUGUCCUUUACAUGUUGUUAAGGUUUCUCAUAGUGUUUCACAUGGUAACUGUUGUAUAUUUUGAAUUAGGGAUAAGAUUUUAAUUUAAAAUAUCUUUAAUUUUGUUAUUGGUCACUUGAAUUUUGUUUGUUAUAUUUAUUUUGGCAAUGGGUUAAAGAAUCGGUGAAAGAUGAGCUAGUAAGUGGACCCAUUCAUGGUGCCAUGCUCACCACAUGUUCUCAGAGAGCAAUCAUUUUGUGUGUCUCUUGGCUUACCCAGCAUUAACAGCCUUGGGGUCAGCCUCGGUGAUCAUGCUUAAAAGAAAAAAAAUAGAAACUUGUAUGCUGUCAUAUUUAUUAUCAAGUGAAAGCCCCCUUAAGAAAGUGUCCCCUUUAUUGUUAAAACUAUUUAUUAUUUGUAAUAUUGUUAGCAUAUUCCAAUCCUGUGCAGUCUAAGGAAAUACAUGUUUAUUACAAAAAAAAAAAA